GAUGGGUGGAUGGGUGGAUGGAUGGAUGGAUGGAGGCGAGGAGGAGCAACUCUUAUUGCGAGUCAAUAGCUUGGAUACAACACAACUGUCGGAACAGUUGGCAACUGAGGAAUAAGAGGGAAAAGGCAAGUGCGAUCCAGCAAUCUCUGCCUCGUCUCUUUCCGCCUUUCGCUCUGCGCCCACCAGCGGUCGCCGCCCCGUUCUCCUCCCCUGCUUUCAGCCCUCUCACUCCUCCUCUUAUAAAUUCUUCUUCCCCGCCUCAUUCCCAUGGCAUCCCAAACACAAAAAAAAUAAAUAUUUCAGGCCUUCAAUCCCCAAUAAGAAGUGUACAGGUCUCUCUGCUUUCCCUGUCUCCCCCAUCCCCGGCAGGCCUCAUCAUUCAUUAACAAUGAAGCUUCCACUACCUACUCUAUGAAACUUGGCCUCGCCCAGAAAAUAAAAAUAAACGGCCGCGGCCACUGGUGAAUUGAGACAAGGGAUAGAUAGAGACAAAGACAAACAGAAAAGAGAAAAGACAGAAAGUUCCUUUUAAAUUUCAAUCAUGGAGCACGGAACGAUCAUCACCUCCUCUAACCACGACCCGAGUUCGCCAUCCAGUCCCAUCGGGAAGCUCAUCCUCGUGGCUUCUAUCGCCGCCGGUGUCCAAUUCGGCUGGGCUCUGCAGCUCUCUCUGUUGACCCCCUAUGUACAGCUUCUUGGUGUUCCCCAUACCUGGUCCAGCUUCAUCUGGCUCUGCGGCCCGCUCUCCGGCUUGCUCGUCCAGCCCACCAUUGGGUAUUUCAGCGAUCGGUGCACCUCCCGGUACGGCCGCCGCCGCCCCUUCAUCAUCUCCGGGGCCAUCCUCGUGGCCUUCUCCGUCUUCCUCAUCGGUUUCGCGGCCGAUCUGGGGCGAGCGUUGGGCGACUCGCCGAAGAAGAAGACCAAGCCGAUGGCCGUCAUCUUUUUCGUGAUCGGAUUCUGGAUUCUGGACGUCGCCAACAACACCCUUCAAGGCCCGUGCCGGGCGUUCCUGGCCGAUCUAUCCGGCAACAGCCACGCCAAGAUGAGCGCUUCCAACGCCUUCUUCUCCUUCUUCAUGGCCGUUGGAAACGUCCUAGGCUACGCCGCCGGAUCCUACUCCCGGCUCUACAAAGUCUUCCCGUUCACGAAAACCGAAGCCUGCGACAUCUACUGCGCCAACCUGAAAACCUGCUUCAUCUUCUCCAUCGUUCUCCUCUCCGUCGUCGUGGCCUUGGCUUGCAGCGUAGUUCCAGAAACGCCAUACUCCAGGGAACAAAGCGAGGAAGAUAACGAUUCCACGCCCUUCUUCAGCCAGCUCCUGACGGCCCUGAAAGGCCUGUCCAAGCCCAUGUGGAUCCUCUUCAUGGUGACCGCCUUGAACUGGGUCGGCUGGUUCCCCUUCGUCUUGUUCGACACCGACUGGGUCGGCCGCGAAAUCUACGGCGGAACAACGGACGGUACAGCGGAGCAGAGGGUCCUGUACGACAAAGGUGUGAGCUACGGAACUCUGGGCCUCAUGAUCUACGCAGUGACGCUCGGGGUCACAUCCUUAGCCAUUGAGCCCAUGGCCAAACUUUUCGGCCAUGUCAAGCGAGUCUGGGGCUUUGGCAACGUGAUCUUGGCAGUGUGCUUGGCAUUGACGUUGCUGGUGAGCCACAAGGCCGCCGAUGCCCGGAAAGACGGCCUGAAACCACCGCCCUUCGGCGUCAAGUCUGGCACCCUAGCCAUCUUCGGAGUGUUGGGCUUCCCGCAAGCGGUGACUUUUAGCAUUCCGUUUGCGCUUGCUUCCAUAUACUCCAACACCUCGGGCGCCGGCCAAGGGCUCUCUCUGGGUCUUUUGAAUCUCGCCAUUGUGAUUCCACAGAUGUUCGUCUCCGUGAUAAUUGGACCGUUGGAUCACGCUUUCGGAGGUGGCAACUUGCCUGGCUUCGUACUGGGAGCCAUUGCGUCUGCGCUGAGCGGUGUCUGUGCAUUCAUACUACUGCCUUCAGCGGCGGGGCCACCGAAGAACUGAAGAUCCAAGAUUACUGAAGAUCCAAGAUUAUUAACUAACGGCACGUGAUAAAAAGAUUUUAAAAACAUUUUUUUUUUCUUUGUUUUUUCCGCUGUUCUUUUCGCGUGCUCUCUGCCGGAUGUACUAGCAAACUCAAUGCGUGCGUGCGGGCGUGCGUUCGUUGGUUUCUUUACAUUCAUCUCAGAAUAAAUGAAUCUUGUUCCCUCCUGUAGGAAUAAAUGAAUUUCAGUAAUAAAACCAUUUUCU